AAAAUAAGGGAUUUUUUUUUACGCGAUUCUUAACCACAAACUAAAAAAAAGCACUUAUCAUUAACAGUCUAAAGGGUUUAUAACUACACAAUAUAUAUUAAAGAAUGACAGACCAAUUGAUAUGUUAAAAGUGAUUUAUUUAUGAACAAGGUCAUUUUAAUAAUAAUUUAAUAUUAAUAAUAAUUUUGUGCUGUGAAACGUUGUUUUUCCAGACAAAGAUAAAUUUUGCAGUAGGCAUAAUUUGGACCUACAUGAGUGCUUGUCAGGUAGUGGAAGGUGGACUCCCAUUUACUCAAAUAUCGGCAUAAUGUCCUCGGUUUUGGUUGGUGAUUAAUUCGUUGAUUUUGGCAUCCGGCGUACUCUCGAAGUUAACUUCCCGCUACUUUUUCCCUCUCCCUCCCACCCGCAGGCGCCGCUGCAACUGUCUUCUUCUUCGAUGGUAGGCUAAGCUACUGUAUACUGCCACCUGCUUUACUGGAGGUCUAGCAACCCAAGUGCAAGCCAAUUCACAGACACAGAUAGUUGCGUGUUCUGAGUUAACACAGAGUGUAAAAAUACGGGAUAUUUUACGGGAAAAUACUAAAACGGGAAGACAGCGGGAAAAGAGCUAAAAUAGUUAAGAGUUCUAAAUUACAUUGUGCUGCAUGUCGUGGAGAAGAUGGACACAGAAGAGAUGAAUAACUGUACAGUGAACUUCACCACACCGGUUGAAUCUACAAACUCCACAACAAAUUCCUACGAGCUGCUCUAUAUUUUGAACAUGUGUAUGCACUGCAUCAAUUUCCUGUUUGGUCUUCCUACACACUCCUAUGUUAUAUGGCUCAUCAUCACAGGAACAGGAAAUGGAGUUGCAUUUGAGUUUGUUAUCCUCAAUCUCUCUUUUUCUGAAAUCGGUAUCUGCCUGAAUUCUGUGAUCUCUCUACUGUCAUUUUGGUUUUCAGGCAUCAUAAUAUUAAAUACAUUUUUAGUAGGACUAAUUAUCACUGGUCGUCCUCUGUUUCAGUGUCUGAUCUGUGUUGAGCGUUACCUAGCAGUGGUUCAUCCUGUAAUCUUUCUGAAGUACAAACCUCUCAGAUAUAGAGUAAUCGGCUGCACUUUGGCUUGGAUACUUAUUCUUGGAUCCUGUGUGUGCUGCAUGUUGACUGUAGCCUCACACUACAUUGUAUUUAUGUGGUUCAUUUUUCUACAGUUCCUCAUCUUCCUCUCCAUCCAGUUGUUUUGUCUUGUGGCUAUUCUCAGAGCUCUGAAGCAGUCAGGACCAGGAGAGAGAGGGAGAAUAAGAAACGAGGAAAACGACAAGAUAAGAAGAGUGAUUUAUCUCAUUCUAGUAACAACUGCAACCAUAGUUAUCAUAUAUGUGCCACUUGCUCUCACAGCGUUGUAUACAAUUGUGACAAAAGUAAUGAUUCAGGAUGUUUGGUUUCCUGCUGUAAUUUGUUAUAUUCUGGCUGGUUUUGUGCAGAGUGUUAUUUAUCUGAACCGGACUGGAAAACUCUCCUGUCUCUGUUCCUUAUGAAGCCUGCUACUGCUGUUAUUAUAAUAUUCAAAACCAGGGAUUAGUUUGUCCUCAGAAGUACUUAUCAGACUGGUACCUUACUUCUUGUACUCUGUGAUAACUAUAAAAUGUCUAGCAUGAAGCUAAUGAUAUAUGAACUAAUUUUAGAGAGUGACAGCAUGAGUUCAUGA